AUGGACACGCGCGACUCCCUGACGGAGACGGAUAUGUGCGAUUCGUUCACCGCGCCGGCAAAGCCGCUCUCCGGCCAUCCCGGAAGCAGCACGGUUCGCAGCAAGGGCCGCAAGGCCGUCGCGGCUCCGCGGCGGCCGCCGCCGCAGAAGCAGGUGGACGCGCACGCCGUGAAGUCCCUCCUAGACGACCUCGCGACGACGCUCAAAAGCGUGUACGACGGGCGAACGGAGUGCUUUGGCUUCGAGAAUUUCGCGCCGCCGCGAAGGCACGAGGUCGACGACGACUUUGACGCGCAGAUGCGUGACCUACAUGUCAAUCCCUCGAAGAAGAAGAUCCGAUCGUGGGAGACGCAGUUGCGUCUCUGGCGCGGGCCGGUCCACAAAGAUUCUAGCUCGACGACGCUUGAUUUAUCCGCGUCGACCAACAUCGCGGUGCCCCGCGACGCCUUGCUCUCGGCGGUUCAUGCGAUGGAAAGACAGUUGAAAAAGGUGUUGCAAAGUGAACAGCAGCAUGUCAUCGAAACAGCUGGGUAUUGGCUUGUCAACUUCAAAAAGGUCGCGAGAUUUCCGAAGGGCAAGCGUCAGACGGAAGUCUAUUUCGUCCUCGAUAAUCCCGCGCGGCCGACGACGAUCGAAUCAUCGACCAUGGCUCGGAUAGACCGCGAGGCCGUCCGGGUGCUGCAGGCGUUGGUGCACAGAUGCGGCGGCGCGGUCAAGCAGCCCCCGGCUUCGAAGCGUCGCCGCCGCCCCCGCCGCCGCCCGAAAAAGGACAACAGCUUAAAGCACGCUCUCGCGAAAGGCCGCGCGAACGACGCCAAGGCGACCUCUAGCUAG